AUGUCUCUUGCCCAGCCUUCAGAUCCAUCGUCAUCCAACUUUUUGGAUUCACCAGAACUUCCGACUCAACCCAGUCGAAAAAGACAGAGAAGUCUUUCGAUGCAGUCCGAUUCCGGCGCAUCUAGUUCCUCUGUCAAGCGGUCCGUGGCCGAUAAUUCAUCCAACGAUAUCCAAAUCCGGAGUCCACGCACUGAUCAACUCUCAACUCUUUCUCUCGCUGAUUCCAAUAAUCAAGAUAUUGACGCUUACAUGGCAGAGCAAGGAGAAGCAAAUAUUCCUAUACACAUCGCUCCUCUUCCACAUACAUCUGACGCCGUUGAAUUAUCAUUACCCGAAGACAAAGUUUCCUUAGUCAACAAUGGGAAGUCUAGAAUGAUGGAAGUCGGGCAGACCUGGUAUCUAAUUUCCAGGACUUGGUAUAAACGCUGGCUAAAAGCAUGCACCGGUGAAAUCGAUAAAGAGGGGCCGCUAACUGAGCGAGAUCUUGGCCCUGUCGACAACACAUCCAUUCUCGAUGACUACAAUAACCUCCUACCAUCGCUAAUUGAAGGAGUUGAUGUUGAAUAUGUGCCAGAAGAUGUCUGGAAUUUGUUCCUCGCAUGGUACGGUCCAGCCUCUCAGCCGCUACCAAGGCGUGUCAUUGCCAGAGGCCGUUUGAACGAGCCAGCUUUGGAACUUCGCCCAUUGAUUUUGAAAGUCUAUCGACUUGUAGCGAGCCCAGGAACCACACACCUACCACACCACCUGCUUACAAUCUCCGCCGGAGAGACUAUAAGCCACCUUUGUAGCGAACUCGCAAGCAAGGUUUCUUCUAAUGGGGAGGUACACAGGCCCUACCGAGUCUGGCAAGGAGGUGUUAGAGGAGAACAGACAGAAGUUGAUAUUACUCCUUCUCAACUUUUGACUUCUGAUGCGAAGAUAGUGGAAGAAAGUGAAAAAACACUGGAAGAAGAAGGGAUAGAAUCGGAUGACGUAUUUAUUGUGGAAUUUAAAUCUGCUGAUGGAUGGGUUGUAGAAGUUCCCAAGUUUGCGGAGAAGUUCAGCGCGAUCGAAACCCCCCGACCGUUGUUCAAUUCCAGUGAAGGCUUCUUUAACAAAAUGUCCAACACCCUGUCUCCUGCAACCUCAACAACGGCUACCACGGCGUACAAACCCGCUACAUUCGAUAGUCUUGGUGGCGUUUUUGAAGACGAGCUCAACAGAGACAAUCCUCUUGGUAUGGGAGGAGCUAUAGCAGAAUCAUUCGGGGCUCUUCUUCAACGCAUCUGGGCAACAACAGGAACAUCUACAUCCUAUUCUCCCCGAGAUUUCAAAACACAGUUACAACGAUUUGCCCCUCAAUUCAGUGGAUAUCAGCAGCAUGAUUCUCAGGAGUUGGUGGCAUUCUUGCUCGAUGGAUUGCAUGAGGAUCUGAACCGCGUCAUAAAAAAACCUUAUGUUGAGAAGCCUGACUGGGAAGGUGGAGGGGAUGUAGAACUUGUGAAGCUGGCACAGAAAUCUUGGGAAGGCUACAUGAUGAGGAAUGACAGUGUCAUAGUUGAUCUUUUUCAGGGACAGUAUCAAAGUACACUGAUCUGUCCUGAAUGUCAGAAGGUCUCCAUAACGUUCGACCCAUUCAUGUACCUCACACUCCCGUUGCCAAUACAUAAAAAAUGGAGGCACACCAUAUACUACGUGCCUUGGGAUUUAGAUAAACCCCAUGUCAAGGUUCCUGUUGAAAUAAAUAGAGAUAGUUCUUUCAAAGAGUUGCGAACGCUUCUGGGCCGUUGGAUGGGGGCACCUCCGGAAAAUUUGAUCACACUUGAAACGUUCUCCCAUCGAUUCUACAAAAACCUAGACGAUCAUGUCCUUGUUGGUGACAUGUCAGAUAGUGACACGAUUGUGUGCUUUGAACUUCCUUGCAAUUCUCGGCAGAGCAAGUCAUACAAACCACUACCUGACGAUCCAUUUAUUAUCCCUGUCUUUCUCUGUGAUGCAAAAACCCCAGGCCGAAGCUCAUACUUCGCAAACAGUCGAGGGACUGCGCCGACGCUUUUUGGUUACCCAAUGGUUGUUGCCAUCGAUCGCGAACAAGCGAAGGAUGUCGAUUCCUUAUAUGACAUUAUUGCCACACGGCUUGAACGGUGGACUGCGCAUGCCAGGGAUCUAUACACUUGGGAAGCUGUGGAUGAUUCCCAUAUCACACAAGUACCGAUUCAGAUCAAUGGAGUCCCUCCUGUCGACGCUCUCACUGAAAUUGCUGAGGAUGGGACCGUUGUGACAAUUCAAACAGGCCUUCUAACGGAAUCGGAUAUAGUGGACGAGAAAAAGAUGGCUAUAGACGAUGAUGGUGUACCCUCAGAACAGUUGGACGAGAUAGAACCCCGAAAGGUGGGGGUCAAGAAGGACAUCUUUACCCUGAGGCUGCAGGUUAACCACAAGGAUUAUGGGACGGCAUACAAUGCUUAUACUUCGAAUAAUCGCUGGGAAUCAUGGGAAUCAAGAGCAACAGACUCACAUCCUCAUUCUGUUCUUCUUCAAGAAGAUGAUGCCCUAUACUGCGAGUUCGAAGAAGAUAAAAAGGCAUACUAUUUUGGUGAUAGCGCUCGAUUCGAGCAUGCGUUAUGGGAACAGUGGACGACCUUCACUCAUCCUGAGUAUGAAGAAUCAAAGAAGGCUGGUGUCGAAAAGCGUAGCAAAGGAAUAUCUUUGCGGGAUUGUCUUGACGAAUUUACCAAAGAGGAGCAGUUGGGUGAAGAUGAUUUGUGGUAUUGUCCACAGUGCAAGAAACAUCAACAAGCUACCAAGAAAUUCGAUCUUUGGAAAGUUCCUGAUAUUCUCGUCGUCCAUCUAAAACGCUUUAGCAAUAACCGCAGUCUGCGCGACAAAAUUGACGCUCAUAUCGACUUCCCUGUUGAGGGCCUUGAUCUGGGUGAUAUGGUUGGGGAACGAGGAAUAGGUAAGAAGCUGAUGUCGGAAGGCAUAGAUAUCAAAGAUCUCGGCAUUGGGGAUAUUACCGAACCAUUGAUAUACGAUCUGUUUGGUGUCGAUGAACAUAUGGGUGGAUUGGGAGGGGGGCAUUAUCGAGCCUAUGCUUCCAACCACUUGACUGGCAAGUGGUAUCACUUUGAUGACUCAUACGUCACCACUGCUCGUCCCUCUGAUGCUGUGAACCCCAAUGCAUAUCUCCUAUUCUACCGCCGCCGGACUAAAUCCCCAAUCGGUGGGAAAUCCUUUACAAAAAUCCAAGAAGCCAAAUCUAGGCCAGAAUCAGGAAUGAAUGACAAUCAGGUCCACGUCAGUACUCAAUUACCAACUCCUCCACUUGAAGGCAACGGUGGUUCAACCUCUUUUUUCUCCGAGUUCUCCUCUACCGACUUGAUGCUUCGAAACACCGACCAAUGGAAUUUGCGUUCGAACGAAUCAAACGGAGGGUCUUCAGUGCCUUCCCCACCGACCGACGAUCCACCCGACUUUGACGAUUAUCAAAUCGAAUCUAUGUCAUAUAACAACGACCCUCUAGUAGUCUCGACCUCACGAUACGAAUUCCCAGAUCCCAAUAAUAAAGCGUCGCCUACAUCCUCUAACGAAGCUGAUGUUGAUGUUGACACCGAUCUGGAUCAAGAUGAUCAGGACUGGGAUCCCAGUAUUGAAAAGUUAGACUCAGACGCCGACGCAGACUGGGACGAUAAUGUUCAAACGUUUACUGAAAAUUCCAAGACUGUGACCAGUGACGAUGGUACAUUGCGCUGGGAAUCUUCAAGUAACAAACCACCCCCGUCGUACUUGGAUCAUUCUGGCAUCAACGCUUCAAAAUGCACUCUCCUUAUACUGCCCAAUCCUUUGAGCUACAUAAGAUAUGAUGUCAAAAUUGAAAGUCACGCUGUGGAACUUGUUCUUGAGAGAGGAACAACUUCAUUAUCACACCAUGACCGUGACAUGAAUCGCGUUCCUCCAAACCUUUUGUACCUCGCAAUCUAUAAUCCGACUCUUCGUCCAAGUGGACCUAUUGAUGAAGGCAACGAAGAUGCUGAAGAACAGGCGCACAUUCUGUUCUAUACAUCAAAGGAGCGAGCUGUCUCCAGAGAUCGCAUGCUUCGCCAGAUCGGUCUGGCAAAAGCCCUCAUAAACUUUGCAGAAUCGUUCAGCACCAAUGAUACAUGCGAUAACGUUCAUUCCCAAUCAAGAAGGAUGAUUAUGGUUUCUCCUGAACCAGAUUUUUGGAUACACGCAGGAAUCGAAGUUGCUAAAGUUCCAAAGAACUUAGAUCCAAAGGGCAAGACUAAAACGAAAGGAAAGCCAGGGGAGAAAGGCAAAGACAGCGAAACCUCUCCCCUGUACGAUUAUGACGAUGGCUCGGUUCAUGACAAUGCUCUGCGAGCUUGUAUCCUCCAAGGGUACGAGAAGUUCAAGUUAACACAUGGAUCUUUCAUAUCAAUAUUGGUGUCUCUCGGUCAACAGGCGCUUGAACUACAGUUGGAAAGGUUCUGGACAGUUUGGGGUUGGUCAUGGAAUUUGGAAGAGAAGAUGACUUUCGAAGAUCAAUUUGGACCACUUCUGCACCCUUUGUUCUCUUCUCUAGUGCCUUUGGUUGACAAUUUCUCUGAGAAUUUGUCGUCUGAAAUCGCACCGAUUGUCUUGUCAAGGCAGCAUAUUAUUCCUUCUGGACGCUACACGGAAGGACGCUACCCCGCAGCUCUUGCGGCACACCUUGCAUCCAUGAUCCCACCGCCGAUAGAACCAUCACGAAGCUCUGACACUCUAAAUACUCUGGCAUCUUCCGUGGAGACGAUCAGAGGCAAGCGUUCGUCGGAAGUUAAAACUAAGGGGCCGUCAAACGAUGCACAUCAUGACGGUGGAACCUUCUUCGGCAUUUCUACUAUGAACAUGAACAUGGACAUGAAAAAAUGGAACUGGCCAGGUUAUCUGACCUUUGGGAAAGGAGACAAACCAAAGCCCUCUGCUGACAUAAUGUCUGGUACAUCGACUGUGAAAGAAAAGGAAACAUCAUCUGCAAAACUGCCUGAAGCACACGAAGAAAGCAGAUUGCAAGUAGAAAUUAAUACAUCGGACUUGGAAGACGCCAUUUCGUCUAUUUCAGUACCGAUAUCUGGACCAGUAAACGAGCCGCAUAUCAAUGAAGAUAAUAAGAAGGACGCAUCGAUAGUGGAAAAUCAAAAAGAUGUUUCUAAGUUGCCAUCCUACAUGACCGAUCCUUACGAUGACUUUUCAUUGAAAAUACCUGAUAACCCCGAGGACCCACCGCCGUCUUCGCCAUCGCCACCUCAGCUUCCGGAAUUUUCCUUGACAAGAUUAAACCUUGCACCACAUCAUGACCCCACGAAUACGAGAAAGACGACGAUUCACUAUUUGACGAAAGAUAAAUUCAUGCUUGCUCUCAUCAAUAUGCACGAUAAAGCCAAUGAUCUUUCAGAUGCAGAAGCCACCGACUUGCGAACUGCUGCUGAAAAGGUUGGCCAGUUAUUCGAGGAUCUCGAAUUGACAAUAGACGAUCCCAACCUUCGAAGUGCGUUUGAUGCUCUGCCUCCGGCUAGCAAGAUUUUGCAGACUCCGGAUCGCUAUUUGAUGUCUACCGCUGGUUAUACUCAUGGAAGUCCUGGAUUUUCAUCUACAUCGAGCCACCUUUUCAACGCAAAGGCUAUACUAGACCUAGAUCCUGAAAUUACCGAAGUCUUUUCAAGGGGACAAAACCCUCAGCAUUGGCACAUUGCCAAACGCGGACUAUCCAAUGCGCAAAACACUGACAUCGAUUAUAUAGGGACAGACGACGCCGUGUUUAUGGAAGUAUUCAGGAAGGAAACGAGUUUGACGGACGUGGACAAUGUACUCACUGGUGUGGUGAAGAAGUCUGGUUUGCUCGAUGGUUCAGGCCAUGCAAGUUUACUCCAUCUUAUCGACAUCCUUUGCCGACUUCCUGAUGGUAUGCGGUCUUUGUUAGCGACAAUCAACCAGCACAAAGCACACCAAAAAAACAAGCAAUGGUACACGGGUUCCAACUACUAUGCACCUUAUCCACAAGGAGGACCGUCAGGACGACCAAAUACUUAUAUUAACCCUAGCUACAAACCGUCCAACAAGUACAUCCGCCCAGGCCUGAAUGUGGCAGGACCCUCAAAGCCUAGUGUGACACCGACACCGACACCGACAGCGGCUUCAGUCCCUUCAUCGACCCCGGCAGCAAGCACCCCGACCACUGGAUCUUCAACAUUCUCGUCUCCAGUGAUACCAUCUAGUAAGCCCGUUUCUAUGGUUGGUGGACCUAUAAAGGAGGUAGUGCUUGGCGGGGUCGCAUUUGAAUCUUCGCGACGUGUUCUUGUUAGGAAGGAUCUACCUCAAUCGGCAAAACCGGGAAAAGUCAUGGCGAAGACAAUUCCACCGCGUAGACAUCCUUAUAGUCGGAAACCAAGUCAUGUACCUCCGACUAAGUCUUACAAGGUGAAGGCUCCACGAGGCAGGAACAUGACUCUCAAUAAUACCAGACGACAAUAUCCAUCACGGAAAACGGCUGGUCGGCGAAAAUAUGUAGAUAAACCAUGUCCUCGAUUCACAACGACAGGCUCUUGUACGCGCGGAUUGACGUGCAUGUAUCAACAUGAUCCAGCCAAAAUUGCGAUUUGCUGGAACUUUCUGCAAGACAACUGUAACAAAACGGCUGAGACAUGCAACCUUUCACACGAACCCACACCUGAACGGACGCCACUCUGUGUGCACUUCCUGAACAAAGGACGGUGUACUCGGGACAAAUGCCCGUUCCCGCAUGUAAAUGUGGGACAGAGGACUGGGGUAUGUCGUGAUUUUGCGGUACUGGGCUACUGUGAGCGGGGGUUGGACUGCGAUCGGCAGCACGUCCGGGAGUGCCCUGACUUUGCGGAGAAGGGGACGUGCGGGACAGCUGGAUGCAAGCUCCCGCAUGUGAUCAGGGCGAACCGUAAUCGCAAGGUGGCUGCGGCGACUGUUGGCAGCAGCGAUGCAGCUGCUGGAACAGAGGACACUGAGGCGAUGGUGACGGCCGAAGACGGACAACUAGGGGAUGAGUAUAUAUCACUGACCUUUAAGGAAAGCGACAGCGAAGACGAGUCUGAGGGAUCUUCAGAGGAGGAGGAGGAGGAAGAGGAGGGAUCGGAGGAUGAGAGCGGAAGUGAAGAGUCUGAUUCUGAUAUUGAACAGCACAGCCACUGUCGCGUGUCUGUUUCUGAAAGUAAACUCUGCGUUUACCCCAAACCAUCUGCGAGGCGACUGUUGACUGUCACUGCCCGCGCUCCUUUGCCAGAUACACCACGCUGCGCCUCCCCAAUGAACCCCGGCGAUGCCUCCUCCUCGUCCUCGAGCAAGCCCAGAGCUGCCACCCGCCUUCUCCACUCCGUUAAGCGCACCUUCACGCCCCCCAGAAAACGAUAUCCUGAAUACGACUACCCAGUCAGUCACUUUCACUUGAAUGUCAGUCUAAUUGCUCACCGUGCUCUUUCCAGAGAGAUGCUAUGCAUAGCACUUAUGCGGAGUCGCAUACGACUCUCUCUGCGCAGCAGUUCAGAAAUCCUGAUCCUGCCUCCUCGCGCCCAACCAUAG